AUGGCCACGAUACCCUCCUCACGACUCCUCCGGCCCAAUCUAGCAUUGGCGCAACAGGACACGAUCCUUUCUUUCCUCGUCCCAUCGGUCCAGUGCGCGCGCUUCUCCACAUCACCCGCCCGAUGGAAGAGAGACAACAACAAGAACAGAGGAAACUCUGCAGUCCGGGCUACGGGUCUGCGUCCUAGACAGACACUGUCGGUUAGGGAGAAAGAUUUUUCAAAGCAGCAAUUGCCGAAGCCGGUCGAGAUUGAGCACGAAGUGACGGGCACACCAGACCAUGGACUUUGGGAUUUCUUCAAGGACCAGAAGCUCUUGCAGACACCAGUAGACGAGCAGAGGCAUGGACGAUCGUGGACUGUGGGCGAGUUGCGCAGUCGGGACUGGGACUCGCUACACCAGCUGUGGUGGGUAUGCGUCAAGGAGCGGAACCGUCUCGCGACCGAGAAGCUCGAGCGCAAGCGUCUAGAGGCGGGUUACGGCGACUACGAAAACCAGGAGCGGGACAAGACUGUGCAGGAGACGAUGAAGGCAAUCUUAGACACACUCGCCGAGCGACACCAGGCAUACCAGGAAGCAUAUGUACUGGCACAGCAUGAUCCGGACAUUGACCUUUCAAGAACGGACGGCCCACAGUUCACACAGCCAACAUAUGAUCCGCUAGAAGUAGAUGACGCCCCGUACAAUGCUGCGACCGAGGCACCUAUUGAAGAGCCCUCGAAAGACAAGAUACUCCCAGAAUCCGAAGUACAGCCGAAAGAAAAGGCGACUCAUGCAUAA